GACCAAAUAAUGCAGUACGUGCGGAACCUGGAGCAGCGCGUCAAGCAGCUGGAAGACGACAAGCGCUCGCUCACCCACAAAAUCAAUCAGAUCGCCUCCAGCACGGGCGACCCGUCCAUAGCAGUCCCCCAGGACAACGGCGUGGUGGGCGCGCUGAGCGGCCGUCCGGAAGCCGUCGUGCGGGCCCUCCAGGUUCUCGAAGUUCGAGAACAGUUGGAGAGAGAGGGCCGCAUGCCCGAACGAGGAGAGAACAUGUCGGACACGACCUCCCAGGACAUGGAUGAUGGAGAGAAGGCGCUCGUUCGCGAGAUGUGUAAUGUGGUAUGGAGAAAAUUAGAAGAAGGUCCAUCGCCUACUAGACGAUAGUGUUCCCCUAACAAACCAGCACCUCUCCUUCUAAAUGUACAAUUUUCUUGCCAAUAAGAAAAUCUUAGUUAUACUAAUAUGUAUAUAUAUUUUCCCUAUUAAAAAGUAUUAUUGUU